AUGGGUCGUGUAAAUGAUAAUUCUACGUCUCAUUCUGCCUCCGAUCAACGACCGUUAGGCCGUUUUAAUUCUGCAUCAAUGAAUUCUAAUGAACAAACUCAGGUACAACAACCUGUGAAUACAUACGAAUCAAAUCAACUACCACAAAAACGUUUAGCUAAUAUGUUUUCAAAUCGUCAAGACCGUCCACAACAAAACUCAUCAAAUUGGUCAGGGAUACGUGACACGAAUAACAAUCCAGUCACACAAGUGUUCCAGAAUCGUACAUCUAACAAUCAAUCUGAUCGGGGACAAGAACAGCCGCAAUCAAUCCCAAGUUUUAGAGAUCAAACUAAUAAUGCACCUGUAACAAAAACAACAAAUGCAGAUAAAGAAUGGAAUGCUGAUGCAAAGGUAUCAAAUUUUGGCGCUCGCGAUGAGACAACGACACAGAGAGACGGUGGCCACUGGAGAUUUAACAACGAUUCUGGUAAUCAAAAUAAUAACGGUGAAGGACAACGGGGAUCAGAAAGAGGAAGCUUUCGCGGUCGUAGUAAUUUUAGUCAAAAUCAUGGAAGGUUCAACAAUCGAAAUGAUCACGGCGGCAGUGGAAAUGAUAGAGAAUCAACAGGUUCAGACAAUUUUAAUCGUCAGGACGGAUUUAAAGAUAGUAGUCGAGGAAAUCGUGGUGGUUUCAACCGCAGCAAUGGUUUCAAUCGACAGCAAAAUGAUGAGAAUGAAAAUGAAAAGGGAUUUGAAAAUGGUGUUCGAUCGCGUGGUGCUCGUUUCAAUGGCAAUCGAGGAAGUCGCGGAGGUCGUGGGGGUUAUGACACUCGUGAAGAUCGCGGCAGAAAUCGUGGAGGUUAUAGCAGUGGAUUUGAUCGUGAAGGACACGAUGGAAGAAGUAGUUGGCAAAGCCGAAAUGGUGCUUCUGGAGAACAAUCAAAAUUUAAUACUUGGGAGUCAGCAGCACCAGGUGGCCAUGAUAGAGCCUCAAAAUUAGCAGGACGGCAUGAUGAAGGCACAACAAUAAGAUUCGAAGCUGGUCAUUGUUAUGAUGAUUUUGUAUUACCAACCACAGAAAUCAAAUUUGUACUUAGCCAUGUUAACACACCAACGCAAUUUUUCAUUCAAUUAUUAACAAAAGCCGAUGAAAUAAGUCAAUUAAGUGAUACAUUACAAAGGGAAUUUAAAGCUGCACCAGUUGUCAAUGCCUCAUCACUAAAAUUUGGACAAGUUUGUUUAUCAAAACAUACAGAUGAGUGUUGGUAUAGAGCUUCGGUACUAACGGUCGAUGGAAAUAAAGCUAAUGUUAAAUAUAUUGAUUUUGGCAAUUGUGACGAUGUUGAUACUAAAAAUAUACGUCAGUUAUCAAAAAAAUAUACAUCGCCUGCUCCAUUUGCUUAUCCAUGUUUAUUGAAAGAUACUCAAGCUGUGGAGAAUGUUGAUCUCCGUACGGUUAUUCAUGCAGUUGAUGGCAAGGAAUUCCAAGGCACAAUUGAAUCAAAAGCAGAUGAAACUUUUAUUCUUGUUUCCGAUAAUCUUUCAAAUUUGUUGAAAGAUUUAAAAGUAAUCAGAAUGAAUAAGCAAUUUUUCACAUUAAUGUCGAUUACAAAAAACACAAUGUCAGCGACUGUUGCACAAGCGAAUACACCAGACGAAUUUUAUUUACACGAUGAUGAAAAAAGCGCGUGUUUGUCACAAUUAAUGAAGCAGUUAAGUCAAGAAUAUACAUCAACAGCAUCGGUUUCAGAUAUCAAACUACAAGUAAAUCAGCCAUGUGCUGCAUUAGUCUAUGAACAGUGGCAUCGGGGUUAUAUAAAUUCGAUUGAAAACGAUGUUUUAAGUAUAAAAUUUAUUGAUUAUGGAACACAAUCGAUCGUGCAGAAAGAAGAUAUUCGUCCAUUGAAUGCAAAAUAUUUCAAAGAGCCAGCAUUUGCCAUUCGAUGUUCAUUAUCUGGUUCACAUUGUAAAGAAUGGACAGAAGUUGAUGAUUUUUUUGAUGCAAUUGUCGAUAAACCAUUAGCGGUUGAUUUACAAAGUCAUGUUCAGCCAAUUUUAGUCAAACUAACAUUAAAAGACGAACCAGAACAAAAAUUCGAAUCAUAUUCUCUAAAAUCAGAAUAUCCGCCACAUGUUCCAUUAUUUGAUCCUGGUCUAUCCGUCAUUGUUUCCAUUUAUUCAUCACCGAACACCUUUUACGUUCAACCGAAAGAUGCUGAUGUUGAUUGUACUGCUAUUAAUGAAAAAUUACGUGUUUAUGCUGAAACAGAAGAAAUAAUAAUAUUAAAUCAAUCGCAUAAGUACCAAAAAGAUGAAUUUUGUAUUGCACAAUUUACCACUGAUCAACAGUGGAAUCGUGCUAAAAUUUUGUCAAUUGAACAAGAAAAUGUGAAUGGCAAUACGUCAUUGUUAUAUUCUGUGAUAUAUAUAGAUUUUGGUAAUACUGAAAAACUUAAACACGAUAGUUUACGACCAUAUGAUCCAGAAACGGGCGCUAUGCCACGUUUAGCUUAUCAUUGUGAACUGAAUAUGAAUGAUGUAGACGAUAAUACAAAACAAACUUUAUCAGAACAAGAAAGAGAUAAAAUUGAAGAUUUAUUGUGCCAUCAUGAUUUUCAGAUCGAAUUAGUUAAUAUUAGAGAUGAACAAUCAUUUAAAAAUAAUGAAACACAACCAAUUAAGAUUAAUGCAUUUUUAAAUGGUCAAAGUAUAAUCGAUAUGGUACGAAAGAAAGAUGAACAAAAGCCACAAACAAUCGAUCAGCCAGCAAUAACUGUACUAAAUAAUAAACAAGAACAUGUAACAAUAAAACCACAGCCAACAUGUACUGCCGGUUCAGCUGUAACGUUACCAUCGGCAACAACUUCCGUUUCAAUCAAACAGGAUGAUCAACGUAUUCCUGUUACUAUAUCAUACAUCGAAAAAGAUAAACAUUAUUUCUAUGUUCAAACUGAUACAACAACAGUUAAUCAAAUUAGUAAUAUUAUUGAACAAGAAAUGGAUAUUGCACAAGUAUUGUCAAUCGAAGAUGUUAGACAGUUAUUAAAGAAUGAUUUAGUGAUUAGCAUGUAUGAUGGAGCACCAUUUCGUGCAGUCUUAUCAGAUGAUAUCAAUAAUUCCGAAGAUAACGUUUAUGUAUACUUCGUGGAUUAUGGCAACGUUGAUUCGUGUGUUAGUACAACCUUAAAAAAAUGCUCAAAUGAAUUAUCGGUCUAUCCAUAUCAAGCUCGACGUUGUUUCUUUCAUGGUAUACAAAAUGAUAAACUUGAUACAUUAUUUGAAGAAUUGGAUAGUUACCUUGAAGCAGCUGACGUUGAGAUGAGUAUUGUUAAUCAAAUAUCACCUAAUGAAUCAAACAACCUUACGAAAACCCCAUCAGUAGACGCGUCUAGUGUAUUGUUAUACGUUAAAGGUGUUUGUUUGAAUGAAAAAUAUGGUUAUCAACCAAAUACAACAAGCACUUCGUUAUCUUCUGGUCUAAGUAAUAUGGAUACUGAUUCACAAACUCACGACAGUGUCCUAACAAAAUCGUCAACAGCUGCAGCACCCCAAGAAAAUCUUGAACGACAAAAUUCAAUAGUUGGAAAACGAACAAAUGAUGAAAUUAAUGAUUCGUCAAGUAGUGAUCAACAGUCAAGCACAGGGGCAGUUAAGCGUCAACGACCCGAACCAGAAAUUAGUUCAGCGUUGUUAUCAUCGAUCAUAGAAACCGGCUUCCUAACACAUGUUGAUCCUGUUGCCCCAUUUAUUUAUGUUCAAACGUCAGCCGAUAUUGAUACACAAUUAGAACGUGUAAAUGGCUUAAUCGAGAAAAUCGAUAAAAAGACACCUGGUGAUACAUAUAAUGUUGGUGAUUACUGUAUAGCACAAUUUAGUGUCGAUAAUGUCUACUAUCGUGCAAAAAUUCAAUCGAUAGAUAAUGAUUCAUAUACCGUUUUUUUUAUUGACUAUGGUAAUAUCGAUGAGAAUUUAGAAAAAAGUAAAUUACUGGACUAUUCAGACGAGCUUAAAUCAAUUGAAGCACUAGCAAAAUGUUUUCAGCUAUCAAAUAUAGAUCGUACAAAAUGGACAAAAAACAUCUUUCCAUUAGUCAAUUCAAAACUAAAUGAAGUAAUCGAAUUCUAUUAUAAAAAUGAACAAAAAACAGAAAUUCACAUUAAAUUUGAUAAUGAAAAUGAGAUUUAUCAAUCAUCAACACCACUUUCGUCCUUUGAUUCUACAUCAUCAUCGUCAAAUAAAAAUAAUUCGGAAGAAGAGGAACAACCAAUCUUGCAAAAUGGUGGUAGUGAUGAACGGAUAAUCUCCGAUACAGAUAUGCUUUCCGAUACACCUGUUGAAAAACCAGCAGAUGUUAGUUUCACAUCACAAAAAACAUCGACACCCACAGGUCCAGAAAAUGGUAGUGAUGAACAACAACGUAUGCAAAUAUCGCCCUCGAAUAAUGACUAUAAUGAACAAACUGGAAUACGAUCAUCUUCAACAACUAUCAAAGAAAAACAACAUACUGAACUACAUCUAAAUACACCUAUUAAACCACAACAAAUAUCUGCAUAUUGUUCAAAACAUCAACAAUCACAAAGAUUAAAAGCAAAUGUUUGUGGUACAAGUGAUAUUUAUUUUUUUAUUCACAUUGUUCCCGAAUCAGAAGCUGAAAUAUGUAAAGUUGAUCAAUUGUUACAAGAGCAUGAAAAACACAAUAAAUCAUCGUUUGAUGAAUGGAAAUUAAAUGAUUUGUGUAUUGUUGCCGUUGAAGACAGCGAUGAACAAAUGUAUUAUCGUGGACAAAUAAUGAAAAUAAAUUCAUCAACGAAAACGUUCGAUAUCAAACGUGUCGACUAUGGUAAUACAUUAUUUGAUAUUCCAUUUAAACGCUUAUUCGAAUUAAAUAAUGAUACUAUAUUAAAAAUACGGUUUAUUGCUAAUAAAUGUCGUCUAUAUGCUGUUGAAGAUGACUACAUGCAGUAUGCGAUUAUGGAUAUAAAGGAUACAAUUGGUCAUGAAGAUAUUGUUGAAAUAAUUGUUAUUGAUCAAACGGAAGAUUAUCGACUUGUGAUACUAUUUUGGAACGAUGAAGUUUUCAAUGAUAGAUAUGAUCAUUAUAGUACAUAUAUGCAAAAGAAAGGUGCUGGUCAAAUAACAACGUCAAAUGGCCAUGAAUCAUCAUUUAUUGGUGCUCCUCAAGCUGAAAGUACAGCAUGUGCAAAUAAUACAACAACCGGUGGCGAUAAUGAUUGUUCGACAUCAUUGUCUAAUCGAACAAUCGAUUUUGGUGAGAACGAUAUGACAACAGUGAAUGAUGAAACAUCGAAACUAUAA